AUGGUUCUCAGAAGUCUAUCAGAAACCCUUAAAAAGGAAAUCACUUGGGGAAAGAAAAAUGUUAAACAGGAAGAGUACCAGCGGUUUGAGGUCUCAGGUAAAGACGGAAUCACGUAUACUAUCGAAGAGUAUGAUAUUGCGCCAACAGGUAAAAAGGAUUAUUGGCCGAUCUUCACCGCUGGUGCAGGACUAUUCUCUGAUGGAUACGUCAACAACUCCAUCGGGACUGUGGGUACAUGCCUAUCAACGAUAUACGGUGCCCAAUAUAGUCAUUCUAAUGCAAUCAAAAAUGUUGCUGCUAUUGCUUUUGCAGGGACUGUUGUUGGCCAACUUACCUUCGGUGUUUUUUCGGACCAUAUUUCAAGGAAGCUGGGAAUGCUUGUUUCUUCCGGUGGGUUGAUAGUGUUCUCUAUUCUUACAGCCGGCUCUUGGGGGGUUGGCACUGAAGCCAAGUAUGGCGGUAAUGCAGGUGGAUUGUUUGCAGCUUUGACUGCAUGGAGGUUUUUUUUGGGCUUUUUCAUAGGCGCCGAAUAUCCAACCGGCUCAACAGCGUGUGCUGAAGCUUCGGCGUUAUUACCAGAGGGGAAGAGGCAUCGAUACUUUGCAUGGUUCACUAACCUUAUGCUUGCAUCCGGCUAUGUCUUGUGUACGUUCGUUCCUAUGGUUUUGCUUUGGAUCUGUGGUCCUAAAAAUUUACAACCAGUGUGGAGAAUUACACUUGGUAUAGGUGCUAUUCCACCGACUUCGUUAUUCAUUAUGAGGCUGUUUUUUACCGAAGGUAAGCAGUUUCAGAAAUUAAACUUCCGGAAAAGCAAGAUGCCAGUAUUACUGACCAUCAAAUACUACUGGUUUCGGCUUUUGAUUGUUUCCAUUGUAUGGUGGAUCUAUGACUUCAUAUCCUAUGCUUUCAGUAUUUACAGCACGACUAUUUUGAAGUCUUUAAUUAAGGACGGUUCAUUGUACAAGACUUUUGGAUGGAAUGUGGUAUUUAGUUUGUUUGGAAUUCCUGGUGCUUUUAUUGGUGCAUUUUUAAUUGAUUAUUUUGGACCAAGACUAACCCUUUGUCUUGGUCUUGUAUUACAGGCAACAGUGGGAUACAUCAUGGCGGGUUUAUUUUCCCAUUUGAGAGAACACAUAGCAGCGUUUGUUGUUGUGUACGGUAUUUUCUCAACCCUUGGACAAGUCGGGGCAGGAAACAACAUUGGUUUGUUAGCGGCAAAGACUUCUGCAACACCAGUGAGAGGCGUCUACUAUGGUAUUGCAGCAGCAAUUGGCAAAAUCGGUGCCUUUGUCGGAACCUACGUCUUUCCAACAUUUCAGCGCCAUUAUCCGGGUACCAAGGGAUUCCAAAUUCCCUUCUGGUUGGCUUCCUCGUUGGCAAUAUUUGCAGCAAUCAUUUCAUUCUUUGGAUUGCCUCCGGUUGAUCAAGAAGCUAUGCAAAGAGAAGAUUUUGACUAUCUCAGGUACCUUUCCGCUAAUGGCUUUGAUAUUAGCACUCUGGGCGAUGGAACAUUCUUGAAGAGUAACAACAUCACGCCAACUUCUUCUUUUGAUAGGGAAUAUCUCGAGAUUGGCGAAGAUGAGAAAAAGUAA